AUGGAAGGUUCUGCUCACCAAGAAUUCUCAGUCGAGGCCCUUCCCACAAAGUCCGUUGCCUUUCAUCCUACUCUAGCGACCAUCACGCGCGAGUUUCCUGUCCGUGUCCAGCCCGGUGCUUUCGCGAUCACCAUCAACAAGAUCGACCACCAGGUCGAUCCCGAUUCCAUCCGUGUUGAAAACCUCGGCCCUGCGAAAGUAUUAGACAUCCAGCAUGCAAACGUUCUCCGAUACUCGUCCACUUGCAAACCAUCCUCUGACAGAAAAGGCUUUGACCCAAUCAGAGACCUGGAUAAUAGAAAAGACACCAUCUUCCACCCCUCUGAAGGACUAUACGCCGGAUGCGGCAUCUUUAAAGCCUACUCUGGGAACGAUUCUCGAAAUCGAGAGAGGCAGCCUAUGGGUUAUGGUGGAGCUAGUGCGCAAGAUCCUCAUCGGGGGGAGUACGGACCAGCGCUCUAUGGAGGGAAGGAUCCGAGUUUGUUGGAAGAAUGGAUUCAGAAACCUGCUGCGGAUAAGUCGGCCUCAGACCGUUUCUGCCAGGUAGUUGUGCAUCUGGAAGGGCAGAUGACUGCUCCUGUGUCUGCGUUGAGCUCUGGCACUCUAACUGGUGAUGAGCAGAACCAAGCGGGAAACAAGGUUCAGAGCAAUGAAGUGCUGUUGCAAUUGAUCUAUGCGGUUCCGGCGAAGUCAGAACUCAUGCUUCACGACCUCAACAUCAAUACACUCUUCUCAACGGCCAAGAUCAGGCUCUGUGCCCUGUUCACCAACAUGACUUCCGAAACCUGGCGAGAUGCCCAGGAAGGCCUGGCACCCUCGAUGUACCAUGACUUUUAUCCGCCUGAUAGCAAGGUGCCCGAGUCGAUUAGCCAGGGCCAUGGCCUGAGUGUAUCGUAUGAACUACCUGGCCGGCGUGUCAUCAAGUCCUCAUCUGCGCCCCGCCGCUAUGAA